AUGACAUCAACUGCAUUGCCUCCACUCCCAUUCAAAGUGAAAACUAUUGUGUCAUGGGCAGGUGAGGAAGAAGGAGAUUUGGGGUUCAUGGAGAAUGAAAUUGUUCAAGUUUUUUCCAUUGUCGAUGAAAGUUGGUGGAGUGGAAAAUUACGAAGAAAUGGUGCUGAAGGGAUAUUUCCCAAGGACUACGUGACAAUUUUGGAGGACAAAUUAAACCAUUCCAUGUCAUCCUUGUCAUUGCAAGAUGGGAGAACUACACCAACCAAACAAAUGGAUGAUCACAGCAGAAGAAGUGCUGGAACAACCCCACUUGGGAAUUUCUCCAAAUUAAAAACAAGUCAAAGUUUUGCCAACGAUUCAAUAGAGUAUGACCAAGACCAUAGUUUUAACCAAAGCUUUGAUGACAGAUAUUCGAAACCAUUUACACCGACAAAGGGAAAUGUUCGAUCUUCUAAAUACAUGCUGUCUGCCAUGAAUCAUCCAAAAAACAAAUUGACUUAUCAACAGCAAGAAGAGCUAUUAAGAAAAAAGGAAAAGGAAAUUGAAUAUUUCAGAUCCAUGCAACAACAGCAAAACUAUCAGGUCAAACCAAAAGUCAAUGAUUCCAAACGGUUAUCAUUUCAACAUACACAUCAUAGUAGUCCAGAUGUUGCAUCUAGGCUCCAUCAAAUGGAUUAUACAUCACCAACAAGCAUAAAAUCGCCAUCUUAUGGUGACGUACCACAUUCUCAAAAUGGCAAAUAUCAGCAUUUGCUAAACAAUUACGUCGCUACCUCGGAUUCUACGCCAACAAAAACCAGCAAGAGGGCCACCAUGGCCUCUUAUGAACCAGAGUUUCUUGAUGAAUUUGACGAGAUUGCUAAAAAGAAAGCCCAGUUGGAAAUUGAAUUGGAGAGAUUAAAACAGUUGGAAAAAUUAUCCAAAAA